AUGUCUUCAUUGGGGACUUCAAAAGGAAUUCUGGAGAUCGCAAAGUUCGCAGUUUACGUUUCCGUUCCGAUCGGUCUAAUGUAUUUCUUCGCCAACAACACCAAGAAUCUCCAGAGAAUCAUGGGCAAUCAUCAAUAUGUAGUGUAUCCACCAGAGGCCCCACGGCCUCCAUCACCAGAGGAACUAAGGGAGAUGGCUCGAGAAAUAGCUCGCAAGAGAAACAAUGGUUGA